AAUCAGAAGUAUCGGUUAGAAAAACAAAGCAAAUACAACUAUGGAAAACUAGCAACUAUUCAUACACUGUGCAUCUUAUGUGCAAUCUGGAUAGGACGGGUGAGUACAACAGUUUAAUUUGCUGUUACUUCCACCAUAUCGGCAGUAUUACAACAGAACAUGUUUAAAUAUAUGGGCAUUAACCAAAACUCUAAAUCUUCGAUAUGUGUAGUAUUGAUGUCACCCAAAGAUACGAUGGUUGAUUAAGAACCAAUGUGUUACUAAUAUGCACUUCAAAAGACUGGCAAAGUGAAUAUCACAUUUUAUCUAUAGGCUUCAUGUAUAGACUUAUUAAAGCUAAAGUCAGCCCUCUUUUAUGCUUUAGUUGCUGUAUUGUCUUAUACGUGUGUAAGAGACAAAGAAGCAAUUUGAAAGGUUAAAAUAAUCACAACUGACUUCAAUAUUGAUGCCACAGGAUAGAUAGAUGACUUUAUUCAGAAUUCUUAACAAUUAAUGAAUGAAUAGUCCUGCAUCCCCCUGGAACACUUUCCAGCACAGCAAAUUGCAGUAAACUUGAACCUCCUUCAAAUAAUCUAUUUUUCUGCAGGGAUGUAAAAUAUAGUCUAAAUAGGGCUCAAGGGUCUGUUAAUGCUUUCCUUUGUGUUUGUUCAAACAUGGACUUUUAUGCUGGGGCUCCCUUUAAUUGCAUAGAGUGCAUGCUGUGGUGGAAAGCCGCAGUACAAGCCAGUUAGCGAUCAUAGAGCUCCUUCAUUUCCUUCAGGACCUUGAUGCUCUCGCUGUAUCUCAACUGGUUCUUGUUAGAGCAUUCCUUCCAUCUGUAAUAAAAAAAAACACAGGGGUCAGCUCAUCUCAAGCAUUUGAAUGUUCCAGUUGUUUGAAAAUCUGGUUUCUCACACACGCCUAAAGUGUGCAGCAUGACCAGACUUGAUAUCGGCAACAAUUCAAGUAUGUUUUAAUGUUUACAGAGAGAGACACAAAAAAAAACCCUGCCCUCACAGUGUGUACAGUACACAUGGCAAUGAACAUGUUGAUAAUUAUUCUCAUUGCAAGGUGUUUUUAAUGAAGAACGUACUUUUGUCUAAUCUUUUUCCAACGCUCCAUGUGGUCACAUAGGAGAGAACCUGAUACAGGAACUGAAUCCGUCAACUGUGGAAAGAAAAAAAGGUUCAGAUUUAGUUUAUUAGAACUAGUUUAUUUUUCAUUUUAGCUAAAGCAUAGGAUUUGAUAAUCAAAUGUGGCAUUUAAUAUCAAUAUGCAGACAAUAAAUAAUUAUCAAGCAUAUAUUUUAUAGAACCUUGGUAACAGUGGGUUUUUCAGUCUGUGGGAUCCUAAGAUUGAUGGGUUCACCAGAUGUGUUGACAGGACAGGCUGUUGGAGGAGGCAGUCUGUACACAAUCUGGCCUUUACCAUUCAUCAUGUCUGUAACCUGGAGAAAGAAGUAAAUGUGGAUAAAAAAGGAAUGCGUACUAUACACAAGUAAAAAGUAUUGAUACAAAUAAGAAGUUAAAGUUUUACAAUUACAUGGAAAGAUGAAUGUACGAAAAAAGCAAUUAUCCCAUUUUAGUUUAGCAGGGAUUCUGAAAUAUCUACUGCAGAGAAAUUCAACAACCAUCAUCCAUUUAAUGGUCAUAUAGAAUUAUGCUUGUGGUGCUCACAGCACUGAUAUUGUAUUUUUCAGAAGGAACUGGGAACAGAGCACAACACUCCUGUCUUUAAUAACAGUUGUAUGCGUUAGCCACAAGGGAGCAUCCUUAUGCAGGUCAUACAUGCAGAGAGGUGCUAGUGGUUUGUAAGAGCACAUUAUAAAUGAAAUGUUCCAUUAACAUUUUGUCAUGCAAAAGGUUUAGAGGUUUAAAGUCAUAACAUUUUUUAAAGGACAAAAGACAACUCCUGAGGCAUGUACCACGAAAGUCAGUUCAACAUACCCUGGAUAUGUUUGACUUGUCUGGCUUAACUAAACCUAACAAACGCGAUCUCGCUAUUCGGUCCUACGGCGCUGGUUAUCAACUCGGUAAGUCAACCCAGGUUUUCUCUGUCCGGCUAUGAGCUCAUUCACGUGAAAGGGGCGGUGUUAGCAACAUUUGACCAAUCACAAACCCGGAGAAGCGUACUGACAGCGGAGCGUCAUACGUCAUGAAUGAAAAGUAAACUAUCAUGUCAAGAAGUUAAACUUUAAAAAUCCAUGAAUUAAAAAAUGAUCCAGGAUAAAACCAACAUUGUUGCAGCUAGUGGUGCAGGAACACCAGCUGGUAAAAAACUACCGACUGUUUGAAUGCGUAAAUUGACAGGUUUAUAAUAUUACUGCCCCCCCAUCUAAGACAUGAAUGGAUCAGACACUUAAAUUACAACUGAGUGUUUCGUCAAAUGUGUUGUUUUUCAUAAAGUAUGUAGCACUGUAAUUGUUGCACGGCCUGAUACGGCUUGGGGAGCUGACACGGAUAAGGAAAUAUAUUAUGAUGUGACUGAUGACUUGAUUUGAAAGAUAAAUGCGACACAUCCACGUCUGUACAGUACCGCGGACUAACGGAGUUACUUUGCUCCGGUUACCACUGUUGUGGCAGAUAUUUAAGUAAGCUUGCUUGCCCCAAAUGUAAUAAUAGUCUAAUUGCUCUGAAGAUGGGCGGUGAUUCUAUUAAUUUUCAUGUUCACACAGUCGGCGAGUUUGCCGUCCGUCGUUCCAGCAUACGGCAGUUUAAACUGUAUUUCCUUUAUCCUGUAGUAUGACUCAUAGCUUUAAACUCCCCACACAGAGCUCUGAUUGGUCAGCAGACGGGGCUUUCACUGGGAUGAUCUCUUAUGUGGAACAUAACCUGCUCCAGAGCAGGUUAGGUGUUCAGCAUAAGUUACCAUGGAGAUCUGCCCCGGUAAGAAGUGAACCAGCAUCAUAGGACCGAAAACCCAGAGUCAACCCUAAAGUUACCUCGCUAACCCCAAAUCCUGCUUCGUGGUACAGGCCUCUGGUCAACAGAGUUAUCCAACAUAGCCUCACCUCUUCCUCCGCCAUGCUAUGUGGGGGGCUUGGAGAAGCAGGUGGCACACGAACAGAAGGGUUGUUUCUCAUCCAAGAACGGCAAAUAGGAUACAGUGGGGUGCUGGUGUUGAACUGAGCCAGAUCCACACUGCGAUCAAACAGCUUAAUAAUAUAAGCAUCUAACAAGGGAGAAAGAUAGAAAUUAGAAAGAAAUAAAGGUAAGAAGUUGUGCAAUAAAGUGGUAGGUAAGGUGCCUACACAAUACAGUAACUUAGGGAUAAACAGGUCAAAUUCUAUGAUUUCUUGGAUUUCACAACAUUUACUUUGUUUGUGUUGAUUGCUUUCUGGUAUGCCCUCAUCCAUCUCUUUACGCUUCUUCCUCCGGUGCUGUGGAAAUCGAGCUGAAGGCCUGGAUGAAUCAAAACAUGGAUAGGGUCUUUAGACGUCCUUUUAAAAGUAGAAAAAUGAAUGGUGUGCAAACAAUGUAGAACUUUAAAACAGGAAAGGGGAAGGGUUUAUUUUGAGCUACAAAAACAUUUUUUAUAGUUAUUGUCAAAUAAGUUAAAAAGGACACUUGCCUUUUUCCAGCAGAUGAUGGAGAUAAAUCCCUAGAGAUGGCAAGUGAAACAUGAGAUAUAAAAACGAGCUUUAACAUUUGAUAUUUAAUGUUGAAAUAACAUAUAAUUAUUAAUAUUUAGAUUCAUACUUGUUUAAGGAGUCUGCUGAUAUUUUUCCAGUGUCCCCCUCAUUUUGUUCCCUGCUCAAAACACAACGACAUUAGUCUGAUUUUAAAAUAUUACAAUGAUGACAUUAGUUUAACAUUUUAAUACCGACUGACCUUUCACUUUCACUCCUCUCCACAAGUCCCUUUAGCACAUCAUCCAAUCUGCUGCGAGCACCAGCCCCCUCCAAAUCUGCAGAAGAAUUGAUAUAAAAAGUAAACAGUGCGGAUUAAAAUGGACCACAAUCACAACAAAGAGUUGAUUUGAAUGCAUGGUAAACUUUAGCACUGCAUGUAGGUAGUGGCUGCGCAAAUGCAAUACGUAGCUUAGGUCAGGGGGACUUCAUCGAUUAAAUGAAUACUAAAGUGAAAAAUGUAGUAGCGUUACUCACCUGGCCUUUCAGUCUUUAUCUUGACGUGGUGCAUUAUCCCCACCUAUUUGUAGCGUCAGCGUUAAUUGGGUCAAAGUCGACUUUAAGAACGCGGUGUUCACUCUCGGUCACCAAUCUCGGGUUUGUUUUCUUCAGUAACUGAUGCUACGUGACAGUACAGACGUUGGCUGCUACAGGACGUUGCCUUACUAACGCUAGCCAAUGUAGCUAGCCGUUUGCUGCAGUUAUCUUACUGUUUACAAUCAGCUAGUCAUCUAUUUGUAUAAAGUUAAAGCUAGUUGUUCAUGCUCAAUGAUAUCUACGUGAAGGGAUGACGAUUAGGUGACUCACAGUUUCCCGUGGCGAUUUGUAUAAAUUAAAAUAAAGGUCAGACUUGUGGUUUAAAGACCGUCGCGUUUGCAAUCUCAAAUUACCGUUGCUAACUUAGCUUGUUUUCGAUCGAUGCAGACUUUCCUCUUCCGCGCGCUUCCGGUUACCGAUUAACUGAUUGGCGCUUGGGCUACGAAGGCGUUCUACGUGAUUGGGUCACUGUUAUGUCUAUCAUAAAAAGUCGCUUCCUAUUGGCUGUAAGGCUCUUAGUAAAUAACGAUCGACAUAAACAGUGGCGCUUUCCUCUGGCUUCAUCGGUUAUGUGAUAUACUUCAAAAAGAGCAAAGUAAUUAUUUGUUUACUUGACAUUUAUGAAUCUUUGGAUGUACAAGACCUUUCCAAGUUUCCGCUGUAGCAUCUUAAUAUGCUAUUUUAUGCAUCAUUUGUGUCUUCCUGGCGUUUGACUCCAUGGUAACUUUCUUUUGUGGACAUGCCAAGUACACUAAGCAGGCUGGUGGAUAAUGUGCUAUCAUCUACUUAAGUUAAAAGUAACAAUACGGCAAAGCACAGAGAACAACUCAGUCAGGCUGCCGUGACGACCUAGCUAUAUUUAUUGUCAAAAAGCUAAUUUGGGAUCAGAUGUAAAUCUGAAGCAAAAACGACUUAUACGUCCUUUUCUCUUUGCUCUCAAUAAUAACCUCUGUCUUUCAAAAGCUGAAAUGAAAUCCAGUUUACCUGUAUUCACAAGGCAGAAUCCCUUUGAGCCAGCAUCCAAAGUGGGGAAGGCACACUAUCACCCAUCCCUCAAACAAUCCCUGUCAAAGAAAGAUAAAAAAACAACUUUGAGUCCAGUACGUUUAAAUCAACGAUCCAGUCAACAGUUACACAGUCUGAGCCCCGAGAGCCAACGGCUGAUUGAGAAACGUGACCUACAGUCUGCUUUUGCAGAAUCCUGGCCCUCAACUGAUUUUGGAUCUUCUCCUGCCAGCAGUACUUCUUCUGACAUGGAGACACCUAAACAGAGUGCUAGAGCAGAAAAAUCCAAAGUUUCCUCAGAGUCGGGAGUUCAGCAGAGUUCAGUGAUGGCAAACUACAUAGAUCGCUUUCGCAAUGGUCAACCACAGAGUCGAGAGGAGCGCCAGCAGUCGCCUUCUGCCAUUGAAGAGAAACAGCUACCUUUUUGGUGGAUGUUACCCCCAUCUUUAUCUCGCAGUUCAACACCAGCUAAAACAGCAGACAGAGAUGUUAUAAAGCCUAUGAAAGAUGGCGAUGGACAUGCCAGCUUCAGUCCAGCUGGACAGAAUCUACGUGACAGAUCCCCCUCCCCAUGCAGAGGAUCCUUUAGUAUUUUGUCAGACACCUCCCAGAGUGAAUUUGAUGAUGCGAUAGAGAUACUACACCUUCAAGAAAAAGCCAACCGACUUUUGCUGAGAGGUGAAUGUACUUUAAGUGAUGGAUCUAUACCUGUCAGCUCAGAGGGCCUGGAUUGCUCAGAUUUCUCUUCUCCAGUCAGCAUAGAUGAGCCUCUGCGAAGACCUAUGAUUCCCAGUUUAAUAACAUCUACUGCAAAGGCCUGUUCAGACUCAGAUUGGGCUGUGUCCUCCCAAAGAUCCCCUGUCAUUCCUUCUCUGGUGCCUCCCGGACGCCAGGAAGAGGACAUAUUGUUCCAGUGGCGUUUAAGGAGAAAGAUCGAGCAGGCCCGGGAGUGGCCCCAGCCCCUGCAACAGUCCAGUCUGCAUGGUCCCACAUUCAGCUGGCAGGCCCCCAGUUCAAACAUUACCUCAGCCAGAGGACACGAUUACACGCAACACCAGAGUAUUCAACCUCCUGACCUCUCACAAAAAGAUACACAUCUGCACAUCACAGCUCCACAGCCAGAAACCAAACAAGCUCACAAAUCAUGCCCCCCGGCUUCAGGUCCAUCUCCAUUCCCUGCCUUUGAUGUUUCUGGCUCUUCCGUCUCUCAUUUCGGAACUAUUGCACAGGUUCCUGCGCACAUGCAUUUACUCUGUGAUGUCUUGCCCUGCCCAAUCCAGUCGUCUCAUGCUACCAUGCAACAAAACACUUUGAAAAGUAUGGCUGGCACCAAAGUUGCCUGUAAAAAGAUCCAAGUCCCUGCAAAGGCAAUGACCACCAUCACUGAUGAGCCUUCUCAUGCACAUAAGCCCUGCCCAACACCUGCUUCAUCUGGACCAAUAGAAACAGUAGGGUCUGGUCACAGCAAAAAAUCGGAGAGAAGCAAGAGAGAGAAAGCCCAAACAACAGAAUUAGAGAAGAAUGAGGACAAGGCGGCCCCGUCAUUCAGAAAGCAGAAGAAAUCAACAAGGGAACAUCCUGCUGGCUCUGGCUCUCCAAACAGAAGUUCUGCACAACCAAGACUUUCUAGAAAAGUCACGCCUUGGGCAGAGCAGCCGCUGCAAAAGCAACGCCAGGGGUUUUCCAGGGAAAGCUGUACUGGCAAUCAUGCACCACCCCCUUCUCCAGUCCACAGAGCCUUAGGACAGGUAGUUUCAGAGGUAAUGUUCCCCACAACAGAUUCAUCUGCUGCACAAAGGACCCCUGACUCAUCGGUUUCGCCCCCUUGCACUUCCUCUGCACCUCCACAAUCUACAGUUCCUCCAUGCAGUGCACAGAACUCUAUGGAGGUCAUUUCACAGCUGCUGCAGGAAGCGGAAGAUUCAGAUGAAAAAGAGUUUAAAGAUGACCCUUUGUUACAAGUACUUCGCAGGCAGAGAAAAUGGGUAAAGGAGCAGAUCAGUGAUGUGGACUCUAUAUUAAAUGAAUUCCAGGACGAGUUAGAAGUAACUUGACCACUGACAAGAAAACACUUGACGUAGUUUUAUUUUAUAAAGAAAUAAAGUUUAUUUUUGGAUUUUUCACGACAUAUUUCAACAUUAAAGAUUUUGGAGAUGUU